AUGAGUGGUGGAGCUCGAGACGCCUCCUCUUCUGGCCAAUCACCAGUAGGUGGUUCGAGGGACACGUCUGUGGUUGUGGUGACUCUGUCUAGUGGUGAAGUAUGCAUAAUUGUCAGCUUGUCAACGAGGGUUGACACUCAGGUCAUCUCCAUCGAUCCAACUACAGGCGCUCUUUGCUACAAGGGAAAACCGGGUUUAGACAUUUUUGAAUCCGAGGAACAAGCUUUAGAUUACGUCUCAAAAGGUGGUGGUUUUAGUCGCGAGAGCACAACUGGUAGGGCAAUACUGGGCUAUGCUCCGUUGGGAGGCUCCGGCCUACUUCUUAUUGCAAAGAAGUAUCUCCCACCAUUAGAUUUACCUGGUGGGGGAUGUGUAUAUACGGUGACCAAGAGCGAGUGGAUCAAGGUUUCACUUCGAAACCCUCAGCCCCAAGGAAAAGAUGAACUGCAAAAUAUUGAGAAUUUAAUGGGGCUUAACAUAGACGGGAAGCACUACUUUUGCGAGACAAGGGACAUCACCAGGCCCUUUCCAAGUAGGAUGCCUUUGGAGAGUCCCGACGAUGAAUUUGUCUGGAAUGGAUGGUUCUCGAUGUCAUUUAAAACUAUCGGGCUGCCACACCAUUGCGCGACCCUUCUGCAGGGGUUUGCUGAAUGCCGAAGUUUUCAAAGCGCAGGACCAGUACAAGGGAUUGUUGCGCUCACAGCUCGCUGUAGCAGAUUGCAUCCAGGCACUCGUUUUCUGGCUAAAGGGUUAAACUCGUGUUUUAGUACAGGAAAUGAAGUAGAGUGCGAGCAGCUUGUCUGGGUACCCAAGGAGGCAGGUCAAAGUGUUACCUUCAACACAUACGUUUGGCGACGGGGCACAGUCCCGAUCUGGUGGCGUGCGGAGUUAAAGUUAGAGGCUACACAAGCAGAUAUAUAUGUUUCUGAUCAAGAUCCGUAUAAAGGAAGUCCACAGUACUUUCAGAGGUUGAGUAAGAGAUGUCGCACUGUUGGUGGGAAUCAGAGCAAGAAUGCUUCUGUCCCAGUUUUUUGUGUGAACUUGGUUAGGAAUGGACAAUGGGAGUCUGAAUCAAUUUUAGUUCAGCAUUUUGUCACAUGUAUCAAUUACAUUACAUCAACUGGAGAACUCCCAAGUACUCGAAUACAACUAAUUAAUUUUGACUGGGCUGCCAGUACAGAACCAAAAGAUGAACGGCAAACUAUUCAUAAACUGUGGAAACUUCUCAAAGAACCUACAAUGUCCGUAGGCAUUUCCGAAGGAGAUUAUUUGCCUUCGCAACAACGUACUAGGGAUUGCUUAAGAUCACAUCAAAAUGGUGUAAUUCGCUACAAUUGUGCUGAUUCAGUGGAUGGAACUAACACAGCUACUUACUUUGGUGCCCUUCAAGUUCUUGUGGAGCAGUGUAGGCGGCUGGGAAUAUCACUUGACAGGAACGGGUCACGUCCAUGUCCAGCUUGGAAGAGAUUUGACGAGAACGUUGAUGAAUUUAAGCAAUCUACAAUAUUGUCACCCGUUUCUCAGUUAGCUGAUCUUUUCCGGCUGGCUGGUGAUAUCCAUUCAUUACUUUAUACUGGGACCAAUGCAAUGCCCAGCCAAAUGCUCAGCAUAUUCAAUGAAGAAGCAGGGAAUGGAGAAGGAGGGAAUUUAUUAAUAAGGAACUUUAAGCGGGCUGCUAACCAGAGAAAAUUCAAGGCAUUUGUAGAUGGUUCCCGCCAGAGGCAACUGGAGAUGUUUCUUGGAAGGAGACUUUUUAAGCAUCUUCCAUCUAUUCCAGUCCAACCUCUCAGUGUUCUUUCUCGUCCAUCGGGAUUCUUUCUCAAGCCAAUUGCCAACAUUUUCCCGGACUGUGUUGGUAGCGCGAAUCUCCUAAGUUUCAAGGACAAAGAUGUAAUCUGGGUUUGCCCGCAGGCUACAGGUGCAGUUGAACUUCUUGUCUAUCUUGCUGAGCCUUGCCAUGUCUGCCAGCUUCUUCUUACCAUAUCACAUGGUAAAGAUGAUUCGACAUAUCCAUCGACAGUUGAUGUAAAGACUGGACAGUACCUUAAUAGUCUCAAACUGGUGCUGGAGGGCGCUGAUAUUCCUAUGUGUGCAAAAGGGACAAAUCUUUUGAUCCCCUUACCAGGACCAAUUAGUGUAGAAGAUACGGCUACUAAAAAAGCAGGGGCACGACAUCAUUCUCAAGAUGCACGAUCUCUUUCACUACUAUAUGACUUUGAAGAAGUUGAAGGAGAACUGGACUUUCUUACUCGAGUGGUUGCACUGACUUUUCGUCCUGCUCUCUCGGAGAGAAGCCCUGUGACGCUUGGUGAGAUUGAAAUUCUCGGAGCUUCCCUCCCUUGGUCUGGAGCUUUCACUGGGAUUGGCAGUGGUGCUAAACCUAUCGAGCUCAGCAAAAAGUUUGAAAAGGAGAGUAAUCCUUUUAUGUCUAAGCCCGAGUCUAAUCCGUUCUCUGGAUCUUGUUCGUCCAAUGACAAUGUGUUGACCGGUGGGGUUACAUCUAAUGGUAGCCAUCAGUACAUCAGUCAUCUGAAGAACCUUGCAGGGGCUGACUUGCAAAAGGAGCUUGACUUCACGGAAGCCAUGAAGCUUGAAAUAGAACGCCUUCGACUAAAUCUUUCAGCUGCUGAAAGGGACAGAGCUCUUUCGUCAGUUGGGAUUGAUCCUGCUUCAAUAAACCCCAAUCUGCUGCGUGACGAAUCUUACAUGAAAAGAUUAUGCAGAAUUGCCAAUUCGCUUGCAUCGCUUAGGCAAGCUUCAUUUGAAGACAGAAUCACUGCUGCAAUAGGUCUUGAGAAUACUGAUAAUGACAUCAUAGAUUUCUGGAAUAUAGCUGGGUUAGGGGAAAAAUGCUUGUGUGGUAUGUGUGAAGCUGAGGUUCCUGCGACUCCAUCUUCAACAGUUCCACCAACUUCCGUACAACUUCCUCUGGUAUGCUCUCGUUGUAAAAGGAAGGUCUGUAAGGUUUGUUGUGCUGGUAAAGGAGCUCUUCUCCUUGUGAAUUAUGGUAUUGUUCAGAGUCAGGGUGGAUCGAGCCCUGGUGGUCAAGUUGAUGUCUCAACAAACGGAAUGACAGCAAUUGACGGCAUUAUCUGCAAAAGUUGUUGCCAAGGCAUUGAGCUUGAGGUGUUGAUGUUGGACUAUAUCAGGGCAUUGACUAGCUUAAGAAGAAGUACUCGUGCUGGUGAUGCUGCUCAUACAGCCUUGGAUCAGGUGAUGGGAUCUUCCUUAAUGGAUUUUCCAUCUGAAAGAAAUAGACUUUCUGAUCCUAAGACAGCUGUUGAAGUUCAAAGACAACUACUUAAAGGAAAGAAAUCACUUGCUGAAUUCCCUUUUGCCAGCUUUUUGUAUCCGGUCCCAACAGCAGUGGGUUCUGCUCCACCAUUAUCAUUGCUUGCUCCACUCGCUUCUGGGUCAGAGCAUUCGUAUUGGAAGGCUCCUACCAGUGAUACCUCUGUUGAACUGGUCAUUGCUCUGGGAACCCUUUCCAAUGUCAGUGGAGUGAUCAUGCUCGUUAGUCCAUGUGGCUAUUCUGCGGAGGAUGUUCCCAAUGUGCAAUUCUGGGUUAGUAAUGAGAUACAAAAAGAAGAAAGGUCAUCAAUAUCAUCUUCCUCAGAAUUCUAUGGACAAGAAAAUUUGGCUGCGGAAGAUGGAGUCCCCAGGCAUAUAAGAUUUACUUUCAGAAAUCCUGUCCGGUGCCGCAUUCUAUGGAUUACUCUGAGCCUACAGCACCCUGGCUCAACUAAGAGGAAACCCUGUAUUCAUGCCAAAAGAAUAUUAGUCGUUGGAAGCAUGGUAAAAAAAGAGACGAGAGUGCCACGGUCCUUGAUUCGGCCAACGAACUGCCGGCCUGUGACACAAGGCUCUGACCAGACAAAUUCGAGAAACUGGUCGGACAGAGAUCCUCAGUUACAAAGGUUCAAGGUUACUUUCCAAGCUGCGAGGCUCAAGGACAAUGGUCUUACCUUGGAGCAGGACCUUUCUUCUCUCUCACCUUUGAUUGCAGGAUUUCGUUUAGACGCUUUUCGUGCAUUUAAGCCACGGAUCACCCAUUCGCCGCUUCCUGACGCAUAUACGCAGGAUGGAUUGACAUUAAUGGACGAGAGAUACAUCUCUCCAGCUGUGCUAUAUAUAGAAGUUACCGCCCUUGAGGUUGCGAAACCUUACUUCCUCAGCUCCCUCACUCACGAGUCGCCACUCCAGCCUCCCGAGAAGGAAUCCCAAAAAGAGGUGACUGUAGGAAAAUAUCGGUUGCCUGAGGCAAAACCGGACACUGCCAUGUACUUCGACUUCCCUAGAAAGAUAGAUGCGCGCCGAGUAACCUUCAGACUCCUCGGCGAUGUCGCGGCAUUUGUUGAUGACCCUGCCAAGCAGCAAGACUCGAACUCUAUGACUGCCCGACUGGCCACCGGCUUGUCGUUGUGGAAUAGAGUAAACUUGUAUCACUAUAUGGCCUUGGGCGACCAUUCGGCUGUUUGAAUCACGUCAUAUCUUUAUCCAGAUUUGUGGUUCCGCUUGCAAUUGGUAUUCUAUUAUCAGUUUUCUUGUAAGAUUUGGAUGCAUCAGUGGAUUAUUCAUCGACUAAACGAGAUUGUGGGGUCAUUUCUGUUGUAUGGUCUUUCUUGUAUAAGCUGAACAUGGUUAAGGAUUAUUUGUUUCUCUUGAAUAUUUGACGGGGAGUCUGAAACUUACCGGACGAAGAAUAUUUAAGUAUAUUUUGAUGAA